CUGGCAUGUUUCCCGGAACACUAUUUCUUAAUUCAUAAAACAAGAAACAUAAUUUUCUGAAACAGCUUAUAUGCAACAUGGAUCAAUCUAAGGCGAAAAUGUUUUCUCAUUUUGUGACAAUUGUGGCUGUUUUAAACUGUAUAUUGGUUACGCAAUAUGUAAAAGCCAAAGACUCUAGAAAGCUGGAUGUACUAAGACAGCGAAUUCAACGAAUAGAGACUAGACUUACAGAAGAUAUUGCUCUGAUUCGUGAAGAAUUUCAUCACGAGCUCAGUGAAAUUUCAAAUGACGUAAAUGACAAUGAAGAUGGAGAUAUCAGUGAAUAUAAAAACGAUCUUAAGGGUCUUGAUAUUGAAACGGAAUUUAAGAAACUUGAAAAUGAUAUAUCUGAUAAGUUAAAGGCAUUGCAAUUGGGACUUUCUGAAGAAAAGCGAGUCCGAAGAGAUAUUGAAAAUGAAGUACAAGUCAUUAAAGCUGAAGAAUUAGGCCUUGUCCAAGCAAUUGAGAAAAUGACUGAAAAUUCAACAGGAAAUUUUGAAAAUGUCAUCAAGAAGUUGAAUACCAAGAAAGAACUCUUUGAAAUUAUUUCUUUACUGAAAGAUUUGAAAGCGAAACUAUUCCGUUUGCGAGAUUCUGUAGAGAAAAAUGAAACUUCUGAACCGGCGGCUGAUUGUGCGGAAUUAUUAAUGAGGGGGCACCUGACUAGUGGUAUAUAUCAGGUGUUCCCGAAAACAAUGUGGCGACCGUUAAAGGUGUUCUGUGAUAUGGGGACGGACGGUGGGGGAUGGACUGUAUUUCAAAGACGAAAGGAUGGCUCUGAAAAUUUCGACAGAAAAUGGCUUGAUUAUUCAUUUGGUUUUGGAAACCUUUCAGGAGAGUUUUGGCUGGGAAAUGAGUUUGUUCAUCGCUUUACACACCAAGUACCACAUGAGCUUAGGAUUGAAUUGGAAGAUUUUGAUAAUGAUCGCCGAGUUGCAAAGUAUGGACUGUUUUCUAUUGGUAGCGCAGUCGAAGGUUAUAAAUUAUCGGUGAAUUAUUUUGAAGGUAAUGUAAGCGAUUCGUUAACUGGUGAACACAACGGGAAAGCAUUCUCUACAACAGAUCAAGGACCAUCUACAGGUUGUUCUAAUUCUUAUAAGGGCGGCUGGUGGUAUGGAAGCUGCCAUAACGUCAAUAUCAAUGGACUCUAUCUGCGAGGUCAGCACGAAUCCUACGCUAAUGGAAUCAAUUGGAAUGGCUGGCUAGGAUAUCACUACUCCCUGAAAAUGACAGAAAUGAAAUUCAAACCAAAAUAGUAAAAAUAUAAUACAUGUUAAAUAUCAUGUAUGCAUGAAACAAUUUCUAGUGCUCUACCGACACCUUUUCAAACGUUUCAAGGUUUUAUAGUGCCAUGACCGUAUGUGUUUGGAAGCGGAGAGUGUUACAAAACGCGAUUAGUGAUAUAAAUGCAGGAACUAGAUGUACAUAUGUUUCAGCUUUUUGAAAUUGCGCCCUUAUUCCUCGCUUCGCAACAGCCAUGUUGUUCUGUUGGGGCUAUGUUUGAGAGUUUGUUUCUUUUUAACGACAGGAAACAUGGCAGAAACACAAGGUCUGUUCUAUUUGUGUUAAAUUCAACGUGAUUUUCUGCGGCAUUCCUAACACCAGUUUAUGUGCAAUAUUUUGUGUCAUAAAAAUGCAUGGUUUUGAUAAAAUUUAUAAUUAGGAAACUCGCAAAUCUUAAAAAAGUCAUUUUAGUGAUCUACCUUAACCCAGUAACUGCGAUAGGUUACAAGCUGAAAUGUUUACCUCCUUGCAGAAACAUUACGAACCCAAACUCGGACUUUAAUCAUUUGUUUGCUCAAAUUUCAGAAUUUUCUACUACAUGUACUUUAGGCCUUAAAAACUGAAAGUUACAAAAUUAAUUGAGUAUAGGUAAAAAUAGUCUUUAAUAAAAAUGUGUUUGUUUACGCAUGGUUGGAUUUAACUGCGACUUUGUGAGCAAGUACUGUAUUGUACGUUUGUUAGGUCAGCAGGUCUUUUUAUGUCCUUCAUUCAUUUUUACUUCCUUUGUGUUUGUCAUUUUCAAGACCAGGAGUUCUUAUCUUAGAUGUAAUACACAAUCAACAUCCAAUGUUACAAAUUUGUUGAAUGUAAACAAACAAAUGCCUGAUUGUUUGAUAUUUCCAAAAUUUAUUGAAUAUGAUACACAACAACAUCCUAAGUUAUGUUUGAUAUUUCCAAAAUUAAUUGAAUAUGAAACACAAUACAAUCCUAAGUUAUGUUUGAUAUUUCCUAUAUUUGUCGAUCAGAUCUAUUCAUCCAUACCUUAUUAUCUCUUCUUAACAUAUUAUUAUGUCCACCUAACAUGUACAAAUGUCGCUAAUCGUAAUAAGUCCAAGUUCAAAGAAUGUUACGUACAACUUUCUGUUGUACAUCAAUUAACAUUAUUUUCAUUUGGUAUUUUCAUAUAUAGUUAUAAUUCUCCACUCGACAGGUGUUACUAGAAGAAUUAUUGCUGUACUCUCAGAAAACGUAUUUACAAUGGAAAGGUAGGAACAAUCAAGCAAAAUAGUAGCGGAACUCUAUAAUACAAAUAAUUGACUGGAAACCGUGACCCCAGAUAUACAAAAAAAAACACAGUUCAAGUGCGGAGAGAUAUGGGGUACUUUAGGACUGCUACUAUGAUAUCUAACAAAAUCUAUGCGAAGAUAUGAUGAUACAUUCGUAUUUGACAUCGUUGACAAGUUAUCUGAUCGGUGGAUCUACACAAUAUUUUUUUUGUUAUGAACGCGUGUUUACUAUGAUUUUUACGAAAAGUGCACUUGUAUAAAAUUAGCUAAAUGUAAUUACAGUAUACAGUACUAAAGCCUCGCUCAUCUUUACAUAUUUACAUUCGCCCUAUUCUUUUCCAUUGAAAAUUAUGACGUUCAUUUCGUUUAAACAUCAAAAGGAAAGGCGCGAAAAUUACGUCAUCGCUGCUUAGUGAUAACCGACCGCUGUUUUGACGACGUCCGCGUAUAGUCAGGGAGAACGUUCCUUAGAUGACGUCGAAGUUGUUCCGUCUAGUGAACAGAAUGGCCGGGAAGCUGAAUUUAAUGUUAAAUGCCACAAACUAUGUGCAAUUUAUGAUAUUAUCUUGUUUACAAAUGGAAAGGAAAUAUAAUGUUAAUAUAAGAAAUGAAAUUAUUUUUUUCAGUGUUCAUGCGAAAUGAACGACAGAAUAGGAUCUGCAAAUUAAACAUGAAUCGUUAACGACAGAAUAGAAUCUACAAAUUAAACAUGAAUCGCAUUUCGCAUGAACACCGAAAAAAAUCAUUUCAUUUCUUAAAUAUGGGCAAAAUGUCCAUUUAUAUGACAUUUAAUUUCCGGUGUAAUUAUUUAUACAUAUUAUACGUCCAUUUGUUUAACGUGCUAGAAAUGACACGUACAGUAACUCACACCUGUGUGAAAACGUGUAAGCAGACUUUGUCGCUAUUUGCAGUUGGCCUUUAUUCACAGUAAAUUGCAAGUGAAA